AUGAACCUUCGGGCUGUCCUCAUCAGACCCUCGGAAUCAUAGGAGCCUCGUUCCUUCUGCCUCGGAACACCUAUAGCAGGCUACUUUUUCCGAAUGUACCGGUCGUAAUUGGCUAGGUCAAUUUGACGUCUGUCUCAGCCCUUCGCACUUGCUUCUCACUGCACAAUCAUCAUCAUCUACCACCUGAAAGGAUGAAUGGCUGGAUUCAAUCUUUGUCUCUCAGAGCUUCCAAGCAACUCUCUGCAUUGCAAUUAGCAACCGGGGCGCUCAUUGUUGUUACCGCUUACCUCUGUCGAGUUCGCGUUCUCCGUUGGCGAAGACACACCGCUAUUCACCGCGAAUUUGGACGCAAGUAUGAAUCUGGCCUCCUUACGCCCGAAGAUGCUCAGAAGAUCAUACACACUUCGGCGUUAUAUGAUAUGCCUGCUCUAAUGAAUUACGCCCUCGCGUUUGCUUUGUUCAAGACCUACGCUAUCCCCACAAUCUCGAAGAUAUUAUCAGAUACUAAGGAGCUCAAGUCCGCUGCGAGCAUUUCCAAACGAUACGCAGACACGGAGAUUUUAAUCAGCACCUGGGUGUUUUGCCCGAUCACUGGAAAAUCGACCACUGUGAAACAACCUUCAACCAGGUCUCGACAAUCAUCUGCUACGAUCAAGCCUGAGAAGGCCCAUAUUGGAGGAACGACGGAAUUAGGGGACUUGCAAGUGGACGAUCCUCGGGGAAUGAUUGCACUCGCUCGAGUCAAUUGGUUGCAUUCCAAGUAUUCUAUUACAAACGACGACUACCUAUAUACACUGGCCCUCUUCGCUUUCGAACCUCCGAAAUGGGCACGUCUCUACGGGUGGAGAGCACUUUCGCCUAUGGAGGAAGAAGCAUUCUAUAUCUUCUGGGUUGAAAUUGGGCAAAGAAUGGGCAUUCGAGAUAUUCCGGAGACCAUCAAGGAAUUCAAACAUUGGGUUGUAGAAUACGAAUCCAGAACCAUGAUCCCUGCCCAAACAAAUCACGACGUUGCUACUUACACCACUGAAGAGCUCCUUCAUGCCGUUCCAGAAUUUUUUGGCCUGAAAAACUUUUGUAGAAGGCUGACAAUCUGCGCGCUAGAGGAAAGUGUCCGGAUAGCGAUGAUGCAACCUCAACAACCUGCCUAUCUCCACAAAAUCUUUCGAAUGACGCUUCACACCAUAGGAUUCAUUCAGGGCUACCUCUGUCUUCCGCGUUCUGAUUCAGAUCCAGGAGCUGUCUUUGACAUCUCACUAUCCAAGGCUACUGCUACUACCGUCUCUGCCCCGUCCUCGAAGUUGCAUCGGAUGCACCCCAAAUGGUUCCAGGCAAUGCCAUGGUACAUGCCUGAACCCCAUACAUUGUUUGGAACGUUCAGGAAUUGGGUGGCUGUUAAGAUGGGUUUGUAUGAUGCGCCCGCGGGACCGAUGUUGAAAAGUGAGGGGUAUCGAUUAGAGGAGAUGGGUCCUGCCAAAUACGAAAAGUGCGGAAAUGAAGAAGUCAUACGCAUGGCUGAAGAGUUCUAUGGUUGUCCGAUUUCUGGGCCGUUUAGUAGAAGAUGAAAGUGAACGUAUUCACCACUAUGAUUCUAUCUGUAUAGUAUGUAUGGGGCCUGGGCGAGGAAUCUCAUCGCUGUCUCAUGGUGUAAUUGCUUACCUUCACACUUCUGAUAAUCUGUAUCGCGUUCAAAUAAUACAAGCCACCAGCUUAUAGCUCAA